ACUGAAACUAACCUGGCCAGUGAUUGGAUUAGCUACAAUUAAACGCAUUCAACUAGUCGAGAUGUACACAACUUUGUUCAUUGCCUUUCUCCUGUUAAGCCUGGGCCGGGCACAAGGAUCUGGGGAGGAUCAGCAGCCGCCACUGCCCACAGCACCAGCCAAGCCGGGACAUUAUGCGCACCAGCUGCAUGGCUCGGCCGGCUGGUACCAACCGGAUGACAGCGGCAAGUAUCGGCACGAUCCCAGGCCCUACGAUGGCGGAUACGGAGAUAGCGGCCAACCGUAUGCGAAUGAUUUGCGCGGCAUCUUUCGGCAGGCCGAGCAGCAGCUGGCCGCCAGUGUGCAGGAGGCGGAGGAGAACUUUGCUCUGGGACCACGCGAUCAUCUGCGCUUCAUGAUUGACUUCAACUACAAUGGCACCGGCUGGCAAAUUAUUCAAUUUGAAUGGGUUCGCGAUGGCGAUGGCACCAACGAGGAUCAACGCCAAUUCAGCUACGUGAACGAGAACCGGCUCUGGGAUACUAAACCCCAGUUACAUUACCUACCGGUUCAGUCCUAUGAGUAUACGCAGCCCCAAACUCCGUUGGCAGACCAAAAAUCUGACCAGCAGCUGCCUUAUCCCGGGCAGUUUGCGGAUACAAAGAUCAAUACCGAACAGGAUCCCGCCAAAGUGCAGUCAACUAUUAAUGAGGUGCUCGAGUAUAUACAACAGCAGAUCUUGCCGACCCUGAACUAAUCUUCAUAUAUAUUUAUAUAAAAAAUGAAAUAUAUUUGCCAAAUGAA